GACCAGAUUCUUACUUGUUACCUCAGUUACGACAACUACCAAUUACGACAAUCGACAUGAAGGCAGUUCUGAUCCUUGCCCUUCUCGCCGUGGCGUACGCUUACGAAACAGACUGGGAGCAGCUAAACCAAGACCGUCCAGUGUGUUUUGAUGCCAGGCAUCGCGUGUACGGCAGUGUGAGAGUCCCACACGAGGGAUUUCUGCAUUCCGUUAAACUCGUCCAUCGUACUGGUAAGGUCGCGUGUUCUCGCGGCCAUGGCGACUUCUGGUUGAUCAAGGAAAAGAGACAUUGGAGCAACUGGGGAUGCAGUGGCUUUGGAUUAUUACUAGGCUACAACAUGAAUGUCCUUGUUACCAACUCACAUAACCACGUGUUGGUUCCUGAGAAGGGCCAGGCGAGAUUCAAGCCUGCGGACCUGGCGAAGUGGUACUCUCUUCACGGCUCCAACGAGCACUCCCAUUCCAUCGUGCUCAGCCGCAACCUAAAACACCCUUACCACUUGAGGGCGGGAGCCGAGCUCAGGGUCUGGUAUGGCGAGGCGCUAUUCAAGCUUCUUGAGAUUGAUAACGUCGGCCGUGUAUGUGUUGACGUGUAUGCUAAAUUCAGCUAUUAAACAACCAGUCAACAGACAUGUUAAGUAAUGGUGUGCAUUAAGGCAAACGAAUAAAAAGAACAUUGAAAA